AUGACUGAUUCGGAGGUUAAGGAAUUUUCGGAAAAGGAGUCUGUGCAAAAAGAAGAGAAGAUGUUCAUGUCUCCUGAUCCAGCGCCAACCCUCGAUGAGGAGAUUGACACAUCUAAACUCCCUUCCAUGCCGGAAGAUGACCCUAAUGGCAAUGUCAAUUCAGAGAUGGGUGCCGCUGCGCCAAGAUGGGGACCCCAACACGCUGGCGCCAAAGCGUUAGCGUCAAUGUACAGCAAAGAGAAGCGUCUACAGGAACAGAUCUCUGUGGUUGUCGCAUCCAUAUUGUUUAUUUGCGUCUUUAUAAAUCUUUUAAGAAGCUGGGAUUCUUCUAUUUGGGGAUCAGUGUUAAUAUGUGCGAUACUGGGAGUAAUGACUGCAGAUUUCGCAUCAGGAUUGGUGCAUUGGGGCGCGGAUACCUUUGGCAGUGUGGAGACAUACUUUGGAAGAAUGUUUAUUCGGCCAUUCCGUGAGCAUCAUGUGGAUCCAACAGCUAUCACGCGACACGAUUUUGUGGAGGUUAACGGUGACAAUUUCAUGCUUUGCAUCCCAAAUUUAUCUCAUAUUCUCUACCAGCAAAUUACGUACAAUCAGAACGAAUUGCGACAAUGGGCAGCACUGCAUUGGUACAUUCUAUUACUCGGUAUCUAUGUCGCCAUGACAAAUCAGAUCCACAAAUGGUCGCACACGUACUUUAAUCUUUCGCGAUGGGUGAUCUUACUGCAAAAAGCGCAUAUCAUUCUUCCUCGAUCACACCAUAAGAUUCACCAUAUUGCCCCUCAUGCUUGCUAUUACUGCAUUACAACCGGUUGGUUGAACUAUCCACUAGAAUAUAUCGGGUUCUGGAGAAGGGCUGAAUCCGUAGUGACAGCGCUAACCGGCAUGAAACCGAGAGAAGAUGACCUUAAAUGGGCGACGAAAUUGCACUAA